CUGCAACGCACUUUUACUCCUCCUUCGGUCCAGCGAUCCGCGUCCCACUGUCUUUUCUCGUACUUCAAAGCCUUCACCCCAUACCUCUAGUCUAGCAUGUCUUCUUCCCAAGAUCUCAAAAUGUCAGUAGCAGGACUCGCUCCAUCUCUGCAGGCUUCAUCACCAGCAGCAGCACCACCUCCUCCAGGUGAAGACGCUUGGGAUGCCAAAGCGAUUACCAUCUCGCGUGGUCGAGGUUUCGGUCCUUGGUACUCCAUCAUGCGCUGGAUCGGUCGAAGAUGCUCCUCCCACUUCUUCUCCUCGGUCACAGUCCUAGGUGGGGAGGAUGUUCCUCGUACUGGAGCCUUCAUUCUUGUUUGCUCCCACUUUAGUACCAUUAUGGAUGUGGCGAUUAUUAGUGCGCAUUUGCCGCAUGGGAGACCGAUCCAUUAUUGGGCUAAAAAGGGACUUUAUAGGGGGAAAUGGAUUGCUUAUAUCUUGAAUGAUUCGGGGAAUAUUCAGGUGGAUAGGAAGAAUAAAGACAAUCAGGCGCUCUUCAAGGGAACGUUUGAUGCGAUGCAGGCUGGAGAGGCGAUUGGACUUUUCCCAGAAGGUGGCUCGUAUACCGAGCCCCGCCUCCACUCGAUGAAAGCGGGCGCAGCAUGGGCCGCUCUCGAGUACGCCAAAUUCCUCCUGGCCGAAGAGGAGAACAAGAAGGACGGCUCACCCGCCUCUCCCUCCGAGAUCAAAACUGACGUCAAGAUCAUUCCAGCUUCCAUCAAUUACACUGAAAAGUCGCGCUGGAGGAGUCAAGCCAUCUUCCAGAUGGGCAAGGCCUUUUCUGUAGACGAAUAUACAGACGAAUUUCUUGCUGCUUCGACGGAGCCGUCCACUAAGAUCGCCGUCAGCGCUACCUCUGACGAGGAUGGUUUGCUAGGCAAUAGAAGUGAUGGCAGCUCCCGACGUUUCCCAGCACCGCAGACGCCGCUGUUCCCUGCUACUCCAGCAGCAUACAGCGAUGUUGAGCCCUCGUAUCUCGACCCAAUUGUCAACCCUGGAGCCGGUCUGACCGUUCCUACCGAGCGCCCGCCUCUUGCUCGAGGCACAACACGGCGAUCGGAUCGGGCCGCCAAGGAUGCCGUUCAGAAGCUGACGGACAGGAUCUCGCGCGAAAUGAACCAGAUCACCAUCAAUGCUCCAGACUGGAAGACGUGGCAUGCUAUGAAGGUAGCCAGGGAGCUCCUGUGGCAGGGAGAUGCCAAGAAGGGUGGGACAGAGCUGGAUCUGACGCAUAUCGUGCCGAUCAGCAAUGCCCUCAUUGCUCUCUUUGAGGUGGAUGAGAACUCGGACUCGCCUCCUCUGCCCCAAGCAAUUCACGCCUCUGAGGUCCUGCUGAGACUGCAAGCUCUUCAACUCGCUGCACGAACUGAUCUGCCGACUCUCAACGCCAUUGCGCCGUCGUACAACAAGCGCAAUUACUCUUUCCCAACGAAAGGCCAGACCAGCAGGGCACUCCUGUAUAACAUUGCGCAAUUGGCGCUUCGUAGCCCCCUCUAUGUGCCGGUCUACAUUUUCUACGGGCCUGCGUACUUUGCGGGUUGGUACAUGAGUUCGAAGCAUGCAAAGCAUGAGGAGGAGAGUAUGGCGAGCGUGAAGAGCCUUGUCUCCUUCCCGGUGGCCUUCCUCACCCACUGCCUCCUCUUCCUCUUCAUCUCCGCCCUCUUCCUGUUCACCCCUCCCGGUCUCCUCAUCGCCUUUCUCCUCUCUCAAGCUCUUCGCAUCACGGCGGAAAAGUACGUCCUCUCGUCAGCGUAUCGUCUUGCCAAAGAGACGGCCGCCUACGGACGUUGUCUCACCAUUCACCUAGGUCUGGUCAAGAGCUUUACCGGUCGUGAACGGGAGGUAGAGGUGAUGGUCCGCGCCGUCGAAGUGGCUCAGCCUGUGCAGUGGACUCUGACAAAGGCCUUUAAGCGGCAGCCAGAUGGCAAGCGCGCCAGAACUACGUCGCAGUCGCAGUCGCAGGCUUCUGGGGAGGCAAAGGGGGAAGUCAAGCUUGCCAUGACUAGCAGUGUGGAUGGAGAGGUGCCUGGGGAGAAGAUUGUCACUCUCAAGAGGGUAAGGGGAGCUAGUCCUGGGGGAGGCAAGAGACGUCCAGCACCUAUUCGCCUGCUGAGGCUUGCACUACAGACGAGGCGGGAGAGUAUUCUCAGUCUGAGGGAGCUCAUCAAGGCUGUACGGGAGAGGGGGACAGAUCGACAGAGGGAGGCUUGGAUGUACUUGGAGAGUCAGGGAGCCAAGCUGGUGUGAGACGGAGAUGAACAGUGCGAAAAGGUGGGCGCGGUUGUGCGAAGUGUCAAGUGUCAUACCAGGGCCUGUAGAGCAUACCAUGUCUCGUCUGAAUUGAUCAAGGCGGGAGACAUGACAAUACCAUCUAAUUCAACACGUGCGCAAUGCAGUGAACGUCU